AUGGAAAGGAUAAGGACAGCUCACACAAUGUCUGCAUCUAUGCUGGCUUGCCUGCUGCUCCUGAUGCUUUGUGCAGUGUCUGUGCUGGCUAUCUGUCCCCCAAUGUGUUCCUGUGGCAGGGGCCAUCGAGUGGUGGACUGCUCUGCCCGAGGUCUUGUCCUGCUACCCAACAGCCUGCAGCACAACAUUCAUUUCCUCAACUUGUCCCACAACCGGCUACAAAAUCUAGAUGGACUCUUCAGCCAUUUUGCCCAUCUGAGAACUCUGGAUAUUUCCCACAACCAUCUCGAUCACCUUCCGGUUGGUCUGCCACGGGCACUGUGGGAUAUUCAUGCAUCGGAUAACCGCAUACGCCACCUCGAGAAAAACGACACUGCUUACCACUGGAACCUGCAGUCCUUAGACUUAUCAAACAAUCAGUUAGAGCGUGUGGUCUUCAUUAACAACACGCUACCCAGUCUGCGAGCACUCAACCUCAGCCACAACAAGUUCUGGACUGUGCCAACCAACAUGCCCUAUAAUCUGGAGAUGGUGGACCUCUCCCACAACUUUCUGCUGCAGAUUCUGCCUGGCUCACUAGACCGACUUCCCAGGCUGUCCCAAUUCUACCUGCAUGCUAAUCGUUUUGCUUCAGUGAGCGAGGGUGUGUUCAAUCAACUGGAAGCUUUGCAACUUCUUACACUUGGGGAUAAUCCCUGGGCCUGCGAGGAUGAGGAAAACAUCACGCAUCUACUAAACUGGGUGCAGCAGACCCCAGCAAAAGUGCUGGGCUGCCCUUGCUACAUCAGGCCUACGUGUGGGGAAGCCCACCUGUCCACCACCAGAACCCGGCACUCUGCUUCGUACACUGAACCUCCACUGGGCGCCGACACUCGUAAUCAACCAGAUGUGCAUGCCAUCACUUCGGGAUACCUGUCCAAAUCAGCAUUGCUCAACUUUCCAUACAACUGGAGUAUUGAGAAUUCCUCUGGGGCAUCUGAGCAGGCACUUCUCACGUCCACCCCGUACAGUCUCUCAACUCAGACAAGCACAACAAUCCGCGCACACAGCACCAAAAAGGCAUUGCCUGGCAGAGCUCGCAGCACAAGCAUCCAAAUCCAUCCCUGCAAACCUCAUACUGUCGCAUUAAACCUUUUGAGCACAGCAGUCAUGCUCAGUAUCUUCUGAUUUUGCAUCAAGCUGGAAUAAUUCCUGACCAAGGAUUUGCAGUUGGUCUGGAUUUAAAACAAAACCACACCUUUAUGGAUGUGCAAGGAAGGUCAAAAGAAGGAAGGUUCUUGUCUAUUUGGUUUUGAACGACAGCUUGAUUGUUCAUGACUCUAUGGGUAUUCUCUACAGUAUGUGUGUUGGCCUGGGGAAAUCCCUUUGUUGCUGUAGCUGAAUUCUGGAAAACGACUGAAAAUGAUGGAAUUUUUUUUUUUUUUUUAAUAACAUGCUUUGACACCUCAACUUGCAGGAAUCAGAUCUAUUUCAACAAAACAAUAUGGAAGUGUUUGCCUUGCCUAGGUUAUCUUUUUGCAAAAAUCAUGUUGGAUAAGGAGCAAGUUUAACA